UGUACUUCCUGUUUUGAAGUGACAGUAUGGCGCGGUGUUCUUCAUGGAUUUGGCCAAAGAAAUUAGGAUAGAUUUUUAUUGUAACACAUUUGUACGCCGUGUUGAAGACUUUCAAGCUUUUCGGUUCCAUUAUACGAUCCAAAUAUACCCCAACUUUCAGACCGUCUAUGGAUCUACCUUGUAACCAUUCCACAAUCUAUCACCAAGAAACUACAGUGCCAAGAAAGUUAGAGAAUUAAAUACAUUUAUCUAACCAUGUCCAGCGUCAGUAACAUGAAGAUAUGAAUGAACAAGACAUGGAUUGCUUGCCCUGUGUAUCACUGCCUCCUGGAUGGAAAAGAGAGGUCAGACAGAGGAAAACUGGCAAAACUGCUGGAAAGAUGGAUGUGUAUAUUAUAAGUCCCCAUGGACAGAGGUUUCGGUCCAGGACAUCUUUACAAGCUUUUCUGCAGAAAAAUGGAGAGGGAAACUAUAACAUGAGCAUGUUUGAUUUUUCUUGUACUAACACAAGUAUCAAAAAAUCGUUUUGUACCAAAACAAAAGCAAAAAGUAAAAGGAAAGACACUGAAGAUUGUAAAAAGAAAAGCACAGCAAUGCCAGAUGAAGCUUUCACAGUGGACUCAAGUGAACUACUCCCUACUGAUUGCAAAAAUCAAAUAAGCCAGCAAGAUGACAUCAUUAUUAGCUCAGAUAUGCCAACUGAAUGUACUACAAAGGAAAAUACAAGUCCCAUACAAGCUGGCCUUGCAACUUUUGAGGAUGAAGAAAAACUGCUGAAGAGUCCAAUAAGAAGUGGUUUACUGAAAGAAAAGCUGUUCACGGUGACAGGUUUAAAAGACAAAGACACAGCGUGCUUGCAUCCCCUAUUCCCCUCUCUGUGUGUGGAACCUGCAAGUGAGAGUGAGAAUGAACAAGAUGUGGCUCUGAUUCACAGCAAAGCCGACGAGAAACCUAUUUCAGAGCUGGGGAUAGUGCACAGCAGUAGUGAUGAGACGGAGGAGCAGGUGUUAUCACCUAACAUCUCAGUUGGGAGUAGCACGCCAGUGAGAGAUUCUCAAAAUAGAUCAAGGAAGUUAGAAGACAACAGGAAAACCAGCCCGUAUUUCAGCAGUACAAACCUUAGAGAUUGUCCAAGCCCACCAAGAAGGAAAGUUUUCAAGAAAUGGACACCUCCUCGAUCUCCAUUUAACCUUGUCCAAGAAACCCUUUUUCAUGAUCCGUGGAAGCUCCUGGUGGCUACUAUUUUUCUGAACAAGACAAGUGGCAAGAUGGCUAUACCAGUACUAUGGCAGUUUUUUGAGCAUUAUCCCACAGCUGAGCUUGCACGAGAAGCUGACUGGAAACCCAUGUCUGAAAUUCUUAAACCACUAGGCCUUUAUCAACUCAGAGCCAAAAUAAUAAUUCGUUUUUCAGAUGAAUAUCUCACCAAGCAAUGGCGCUACCCUAUUGAGUUGCAUGGUAUUGGAAAGUAUGGCAAUGACUCAUACCGAAUCUUCUGUGUGGAGGAGUGGAAAGACGUGACACCCAAAGAUCACAUGUUAAAUAAAUAUCAUGCCUGGCUGUGGGAGAACUAUAAAGCACUCUGAUCAUGACUUACUGUUGAACAAAUGCAUUAAAGAGUUCAUGUUUAAGGUUAGAAGAAAAGGUUAUUUUGCUUUUAGCUUGUCCAGUUAAAUAUCUAUGUAAGUUUUAAAUUAUGUAAUGUUCACUGUUUUUUAGGACUGCUAAUAAAAAAACAACUUUC